AAUACAACUCGACCUUACGUGAUGACGUUUACGUUCCGUCACCAGGACGUACAUACGCUGCUGCUCCUGUGCUGUGCUAGCUAGCUGUGGCUACUUGUGCUGAUGCGGGUCUCCUGUUGUUGUGACCUGAGGUGCACUAACUAGAAAUACUUGUAAACUAACUUAGGAAAACUACAACAUUUUCCAAAGCGUCUGAGUGUCCUUGUCGGGCUGUCGCCAUGGCUCUGCAAGGCCCGGAGGAGCUGGGGGAGCAGGUCGAAGAGCCGGAGGAUCUGGACGACCAGGACGCUAGUAGCAUCUCCCCGGCCGAGGAGAUAACUCUGCCCCCCGGGCCCGGAGGCGACGAUGAGCCGGAGGAAGCUCUCCUACUACCCUGGGACCGCUUCUCCGCCUGGCUGCACUGUAUCUGUGUGGUCGGCUUUGACCUGGAGCUGGGACAAGCGGUGGAGGUUAUUUAUCCUCAUCAUUCCAAACUGUCAGAAAAAGAGAAAACAAGCAUCUGCUACCUCUCCUUUCCUGACUCCAACUCAGGUUGCCUUGGCGACACUCAGUUCUGCUUCCGCUUCCGUCAGGGUUCCAGCAGGAAGUCGUCGCUCGGCUGCUUCCUGGAAACCACCGACCGGGAUGCACCGCCCUGUCUGAAGAGGGAGCAGGGUCAUUACUACGGUUACGUGUACUUCCGUCAGGUGCGAGACAAAUCCCUGAAGAGAGGAUACUUCCAGAAGUCUCUGGUGCUGAUCAGUAAGCUGCCCUACGUGACCUUCUUCCACUCCCUGCUGAAGAUCAUGGCUCCAGAAUACUUUGAGAAACAGGAGCCCUGCCUGGAGGCCGCUUGUAAUGACAUAGACCGCUGGCCGACCCCACACCCUGGACGGAUCCUCACGCUGCCCAUUAUGGGCGUGGUCAUCAAGGUACGCAUACCAACCAGUUACGACAAACCAGGAACGUCACAGCUCGUCCAGUCUGCACAGAGUGACAGUCAGGUGUCCAUCGUGCUCCCGACCAUCCAUGAAGUCGACCUCUUCAGGUGUUUCUACCCGGUCUUCUUCCACAUCCAGAUGCUGUGGGAGUUGGUGUUGCUGGGAGAGGCACUCGUCGUCAUGGCGCCAUCACCGGCGGAGUCGUCGGAUACCGUGUUGGCAUUGGUCAGCUGUAUCUCUCCUCUGCGUUACUGCAGUGACUUCCGGCCGUACUUCACCAUCCAUGACAGCGAGUUUAAGGAGUACACCACCAGGACGCAGGCUCCGCCGUCGGUCAUUCUGGGAGUGACCAACCCCUUCUUUGCUAAAACCCUGCAGCACUGGCCGCACAUCAUCCGCAUCGGAGACAUGAAGCAAGCAGGAGAGAUGGCCAAGCAGAUGAAAGUCAAAAAACUGAAAAACCUCAAAACUCUGGACUCCAAGCCCGGUGUGUACACUGCCUAUAAGCCGUAUCUCAACAAAGAUGAAGAAAUCAUCAAACAGCUUCAGAAGGGUGUUCAACAGAAGAGACCCUCAGCGGCCCAAAAUGCAAUCCUUCGACGCUACUUCUUAGAACUAACACAGAGCUUCAUCAUUCCUCUGGAGCGCUACGUGGCCAGUCUGAUGCCUCUGCAGAAGUCCAUCAGUCCCUGGAAGAGUCCACCUCAACUCCGGCCGUUCAUCCAGCAGGACUUCAUGAAGACACUGGAGAAAGCUGGACCUCAACUCACAUCCAGACUGAAGGGAGACUGGAUAGGACUGUACAGGCAUUUCCUCAAGUCUCCCAACUUCGACGGCUGGUUCCGCAACAGGAGGAGAGAGAUGACCCAGAAACUGGAGGCCCUGCACCUUGAGGCGCUGUGUGAGGAGGAUCUGCUGCAGAGAGUCCAGAAGCACUCAGAGGUGGAGACUGUUGAUCUGGUUCUGAAGCUGAAAGAUAAACUGAGUCAGGCGGAGAGGGAGCAGCUCCCCGUACAACCGGGGACUUUGGCCAAACUGAGGGCCCACAUUGAAGCCGUGAUCCUGGCCUUACCAGAAGACCUGCAGGGUAUCCUCCACAAGCCCUCCUCACCCUGACACUGAAGCCUUUGCUCUGCAACUCUAACCCCAGUUUUGAGCUUGUUUUAAAGUUUGGGGGUAGGGGUUCUCCUCCCAGUUGGUGGAGACGCUCCUGUUUACUAGCACUGAAUCCCAGGGCGAGGACCUCUUCUGGUCUAACACGGAAAGCACACGGUGCAUUUUCUUCCCCUAAAUAUAUGUUAAAGGUCUGUUGUAUUUAGUUUUUUUUCCACCCAAACUCAACCUGUGGCAUCUCAGUGGGUUUCAGACCAAACGUGCCCCUCAGUGAUCAUGUGGUAUUCAAACGACCGGCCGGAACAGGCCAGAGCUGCCUCGCCUGCAGGAUUUUCAGGAGGUGAGAGCAUUUAAAAACUGCGAGGAGACAUUAUUAGGUCAGGAAAGGAGCGCGAUGCAUUUCAGCACGCAGCUGCAGAACUAAAGGUUCACAUGAGCCUGUGGUAGCCUGUGUGCAAGAGGGUUUGCCAUCUUAGUGAAUGAAAGAGCAGGAAGGUGAACCCAGCUGACCUUUGGCCCUCAGCAGUUUGACCUCCUGCCAUGUUUAAUUUUUAUGUUUUUAUUUUACGUUGGCAAUGGACUGCUGCAGCCGGGCAGCACUGACUUUGGAGUUUUUCAUCCAUUUUAUGUUGUUUUUUUUUUCUUUUUUUUUAAAGAAGUGCACUUCAUUGGUAACUGGACCAUUGUGCCCUUCACACACAGUCUCACACUUUUAUGCAAACAAACUGAACAAGAAGAGCCAAGUAGUGCUUUAUAAUGAAUUUUUACAAAAAUCUUACACACUCAAACAGCAUUAAGCAUUGAGCACCAGCGACCGUGUACUAACCAUCUGUGCAGUAAACAGCUGAUGUCUGGUGUGCUGUAGAGCAGUGUGCCCAUGCAGUGUCCCUGUCACAUGAUAUAUGUGUAGCCAACCGUAACAGUCUAAGCAAACCUUUCAAAAAAUCUUGUUGUGGGUUGUCGUUACAUUCAUAUUUUUAUGACGACUGAAUCUAAAACUUGCAUGUCACUUGUUUUUUGCUAGCUGAGUCGUGAAACUAUGGAGGCCUGUUUCUGCCAAAAAAGAAACAAGAAACUGAUGGACAUUUAGUGACAUCAGUAUUCAAAUACUCACGAUCCGUCAAAAUUAUAAGAUGCUAGGUUUCCAUUUUUGUCUUCUUAGAUUAGAAUUUGGAAUUUAUUCCUAUGAAUGUAAACAAACAGAUGAUUAAUUAAGCCUUAAAGUCUUUGAGAAGCUAAUGAACAGUUUCAGUCUUUUCCCAAGUCAUCAAAAUAGAUUCCAUAGUGCUCACUCUGAUAUAAUUAUGUGAAGCUUCCAUAGUUAAGCGACAGGUAAACUGCAAAUUCCAGCUGUCAUGAACAGUCUCACCACAGCACAAAACUCAGAAUGGAUACUGCUAGAGAAAAGCCCUGCUGUGAUACAGCUACAUACCAGACAGUGUUUUCUAAAUGGUUCUGGAAAAGUGAUAAAACAAACCAACACUACAGCUGACUUUGUUUUUACUGAUAUUUCACUGAUGGAGCUGCUUCCUGAUACGAGUUAAAAUGAUGCUGGUGCCUUCCCUACAGGAAUGAGAGCAGAACCAAAGACUUGAUGAGUUAGUCUCAGUCUGAAAUAAUGACGACUGGUCCCCAUGAGGCGCUUCUUAAACUGAAACUCGAGGCUUAACCUUCGUUCUUACACUAAACUGAAAUUACUCUGCUGACAAAAAAAGUCUGAUGACCUUCCUGCUCAGGUUCAUCUACGUUGUCAUCAGACAAAACGUCAUGACUGAAGUCUGUUUAGUUUCCUGAAGAACCUGUGAACUACGUGGAUGCAUUGUUAAAAAAUGAAAACAUCCACAAAGUCACAGAGUCCCGUAAAAUAAAAGAAACCCAUCAAACCUCCAAUGAAGGGAUAAUUAGCACUGCUAAGUCUAUGAAAGCAUCAUUUCCCUGCAUGCUCUAGCUCAUUGACAAUGGACUUUGUUUAAUUUGCAUUCAUCCAUGUAAAGUCAAAUCAUAAAAAUAAACAGUAAUUAAGCCUUGAGAAUAGAAUCAUUUGAUUUUUGUCAAUUAUUCAGAUUGUAAAAAAAAAAAAAAAAAUACCAUUGGCUCAAAAGGCCAAAACAUGCAAAA